UUGUGCGCAUUUUUUGGUUGAUUUAUUUAACAUUGCAUCGGCGAUCUUCCCACGUACUCAUCUCUGGCAAUGUCUAUGCGUCACUUCUGUCAAACGGAUGGACAAAAUUACAAAAUAAACAGCUAUGGAUGGAAGUCAAUCUAAAACAAGCGAUUCACAGUUCAUUUCGUUUCAAGAUUUUCCUUCAAUAAAUCAUGAAGGAAAUAUUGGUCAAGCACAACUGGAUGUCAAUACUUCCAGUCAUCAAGGUUUUAAUAACCUCUCAAACGAUCCUACGGGAAUUGGUAUUAUCGAAGAUCUUCAAGGAAUGCCCGAUAAAAGUGAAGCAGCAUCGCAUAGCUUUUGGACAAUAGAAUAUUACCAGAAAUUCUUCAACGUAAAGACAGAUGACGUGGUAGAAAGAAUCAAAAGGUCUAUGUUUCCACAUGGCAGUGAUAAUUAUUUGAUAUCUCAUAUUAGACCAAAUCCAGAUCUUUAUGGUCCAUUUUGGAUAUGCGUUACACUAAUAUUUUCUAUAGCCAUUAGUGGUAAUCUGGCUGAUUAUUUACAUACAGCUAAUUCAGGCAAAUAUCACUGGAGGUAUGAAUUUCAUAUUGUGUCUUAUGCUGCCACCUGUAUAUUUUUGUACGCAUGGCUAUUACCACUUACGUUAUGGGGUGCAAUGAAGUGGACCACCAGUUCAAGAAAUACAGAGGAGGAAUUAAUCGAGUCUUACGCAACACCUGGCCUUUUGGAACUUUUAUGUCUUUAUGGGUACUCUUUAGCCAUUUAUAUUCCAGUAGCUUUUCUAUGGACAAUUCAAUUUGAAUGGUUACAAUGGAGUUUAGUUGCACUAGCGACCUUUUUAUCUGGAGGAGUAUUAUUGAGAUCUUUACUCCCCCUAAUAUCAGGAAGAUAUAGGAUAAUGUAUAUUGUGAUAAUUCUUGGAAUGCACCUUCUACUGGCAACAGGAUUUAUGCGAUAUUUUUUUCAUGCACCAUCAAAGCCAUUUCCCAUAGAACACAUGGAAGCGACCAUACACACGAUAGCAACCGGGAAUGAUUCGCGUAAUAAUUCUGGCUAAUAAUGUUGCCAUUUAUUCGAUUAUAAUGGAUUUGGACGCAUCUGUAUUUUAAAAUGAACUGUCGACGUUGUCGGUAUACUUAUUUGUUCCAGUAAAUACUGACUGAUAGAAUGGAGCGGUACAGUUCGUAUAUGUUUGUUGGACGUUAAUUCCGUCUUCGUGCAAGUAGAUGUAGUAUUUAUACUAUACCUAUGAACGAAAAAUAAAUGAAAAUAACUAAAAUUUGUCACAUUUGAGGCACUAGUGUUUAUUAAAAACAUUUCAGUCGACUCAUAUCAAGUAUAUAUAAUAUUCCUGUGUGUCAGGGCAAUAUAGAAGGCCAACAAAGUGUCUGGUUGAUUUAUUUUCACAGUCCCCAUUUUAACAUAGGGACGCGUUACAUAUCAACGCAACACAUAUCAUUUACAAUCAUACGAACCUCCAUGUGUACAUAGCAAUUGUUAUUAGUACUCAUAAUACAAUAGAUAGUAUUUAUAGUUAUUAGUCGUCGUUAAUAUAAUUGUAUGUAAUUAAUUAAGUUUUUUCUCCUUUGUUUACGAUUAACCAAUGUGAUAAAAGGCAACAUUCACUUUGUAGUAGUAUCGUUACAUUAUUAUCAUCGGUCUAUCAAUAUAUUUCGUGAUAGUAGUAAUUUGCUUGCCGUUUAACGUUAUUACACAAAUAAUGCAACAUUGAUGUAUUGACGAAUAACUUUCCAAUUGUUUAUCGGGACUUUGAUAGAUUUCGACUUUUUUUCUUCACCACACGAAGACGGUUUACGUGAUCUUCGUUGGUGCCAUUAUCGAAAAGAAACGAAGAGUGUGUUGAAAAGCUACUUUCGCUACUUUCGUUCAUUCUUUCUACCAACAAUAGGUCGUAAUUUCGCGUUUCAAUCUAAUUGCAAGUUAAAGGUGUUCCUCUUUAUCUUUUCCUCAACUUUUUCGAAAGAUACCAACACGAUAAUCUUGUAAAAGUCCAUCAAGCGAUUCGCAAGAGAUAACACGAUAGUAAAAUUUAGCAAAUAUUUCGAGGUCUACGAAGUCUUCCGUUUUGCAAGCCUUGUCGAUGUGAGCGUCGCGUGUACAAAAUACAAAAAAGUUCGAGCAGAGCUUGACUCCUCUUUAGACAGAAGUGAAGCAUCUCUCGUAGCUUGUACUCUCGUCUACUCUCGUCCAAUUCUCUUUGGAUCUGUUCAAUUAUUAAAAAAUAAAAUCGAUAUACGAUACUCGAUGGCUGUUGACGCGAUCGCUAACUGUUUGGUAUAAAUUAAUUCAAUAUCUAAGCGCAAAUAUCUUCGCACGAGUUGACUUAUGUAUCAUGUGGAUUUUUUAAAGUUGAUCCAAAUCUCAGAAUACUUUUGUAUAGAAAAUCUGUGCAAGGAACGUUUAUUGGAUUACGGUGAUAUAGGCGCAAUAAUUACGAUAUAUGCCGUGCACUUAAUGACUUGUUUUAAUACUGUAAAACGAUAGACACUUUUUAUCAAAUCGGUUUUCUUCGCUUGGACAAUUGGUAUACGCGAUACAAGCUACUAGAAUUUCUGUUCGAGCGUUUAAACUCAAAGCCUUUCGACGAUCAUAAAACCGUCGGAACGACGUUCUACAAUUUACAGCUAGUGCUCACAACGACUUGGUCCAACGUGUUUACGAGAUAAUUACAGUCAAAGUUUGCGAAUAGGCAGGAGCAAUAAUAACGAGUAAUAAACCUACGACAGUCUACUUA